CAUGCGCGCCGUUCAGCCGGCUCCGUUACCUGUCAGCGGCGGCGGCGGGAUGGAGGGGCUCAUCGAGCUGGUGAACCGGCUGCAGGAUGCCUUCGCGGCGCUGGGGCAGAGCUGCCUGUUGGAGCUGCCGCAGAUCGCUGUGGUGGGCGGGCAGAGCGCCGGCAAGAGCUCGGUGCUGGAGAACUGCGUCUCCAGGGAUUUCCUUCCACGAGGAUCUGGAAUUGUAACAAGGCGACCAUUGGUUCUACAGCUUGUCACUGCCAAAACAGAAUAUGCUGAGUUCCUACACUGCAAAGGGAGGAAGUUUACAGAUUUUGAUGAAGUUCGUCAAGAAAUUGAAGCAGAAACAGACAGAGUGACCGGACUGAAUAAAGGCAUUUCUUCAAUUCCUAUUAAUUUAAGAGUGUAUUCCCCACAUGUGCUAAGCCUGACCCUUGUUGAUUUGCCUGGAAUCACUAAAGUGCCAGUAGGGGAUCAACCUCCAGAUAUAGAGCAACAGAUCAGAGACAUGAUUAUGCAGUUCAUUUCUCGUGAAAACUGUCUGAUUCUGGCGGUGACUCCAGCCAACACUGAUCUUGCCAACUCAGAUGCAUUGAAGUUAGCUAAAGAAGUAGACCCUCAAGGCCUGAGAACCAUUGGUGUAAUCACAAAACUGGAUUUGAUGGAUGAAGGAACUGAUGCAACAGAGAUUCUGGAGAACAAGUUGCUCCCUCUUCGUAGAGGGUAUAUUGGAGUUGUAAACAGAAGUCAGAAAGACAUUGAUGGGAAGAAGGAUAUUAAGGCAGCCAUGCUGGCAGAAAGGAAAUUCUUCCUUUCCCAUCCAGCUUACAGGCAUAUGGCAGACCGGAUGGGAACACCAUAUCUGCAGAAAGUUCUAAAUCAGCAACUCACCAAUCACAUUCGAGAUACACUGCCAGCCUUCAGGAGCAAACUUCAAAGCCAGCUGCUUUCUAUAGAGCAUGAAGUAGAGGUAUAUAAAAACUUUAAACCAGAAGAUCCGACUAGAAAGACUAAAGCCUUACUGCAGAUGGUUCAACAGUUCUCAGUGGACUUUGAAAAAAGAAUUGAAGGAUCAGGGGAUCAAGUUGACACAUUAGAACUAUCUGGUGGUGCCAAAAUCAAUCGUAUUUUCCAUGAACGUUUUCCUUUUGAACUAGUAAAGAUGGAAUUCAAUGAGAAAGAACUGCGGAGAGAAAUAAGCUAUGCAAUCAAAAACAUACAUGGUAUCAGAACAGGUUUGUUUACUCCAGACAUGGCCUUUGAGGCUAUAGUUAAAAAACAGAUAGUGAAGCUGAAAGGGCCUUGCUUAAAAAGCGUGGAUCUGGUGAUGCAAGAGUUAAUCAACACUGUCAAGAAAUGCACUAAAAAGCUGGCGACCUAUCCAAGGCUAUGUGAGGAAACGGAAAGGAUUGUUGCUGGCCACAUUCGAGACAGAGAGGAGAAGACCAAGGAACAGGUACUGCUGCUAAUUGAUAUCCAGGUAUCUUACAUCAAUACCAACCAUGAAGACUUCAUUGGCUUUGCAAAUGCCCAACAACGAAGCAGUCAGGUUAACAAAAGUGCAGUUGGAAAUCAGGGAGCCAAUCUACCGCCUUCACGGCAAAUUGUGAUCCGGAAAGGCUGGCUCACCAUCAACAAUAUCGGCAUCAUGAAAGGGGGGUCCAAGGAAUACUGGUUUGUUCUGACAGCAGAAAGCUUGUCCUGGUAUAAAGAUGAUGAGGAAAAGGAAAAGAAGUACAUGCUUCCCUUGGACAACCUGAAAGUGCGGGAUGUUGAAAAAAGCUUCAUGUCUAGCAAACAUAUUUUUGCCUUGUUUAACACGGAGCAAAGGAAUGUUUACAAGGAUUAUCGCUUCCUUGAGCUGGCCUGUGAUGCCCAGGAGGAGAUGGAUAGCUGGAAGGCAUCCCUACUGCGAGCUGGUGUCUAUCCUGAUAAAUCCUCAGGGAACAACAGAACGGAAAACGAUGAGAACAGCCAGGCAGACAAUUUCUCCAUGGACCCCCAACUGGAGAGGCAGGUGGAGACUAUUCGCAACCUUGUGGACUCCUACAUGUCUAUUAUCAAUAAGUGUAUUCGUGAUCUGAUACCAAAAACAAUCAUGCACCUUAUGAUCAACAACGUAAAAGAAUUCAUAAAUGCAGAGCUCCUGGCUCACUUGUAUUCCUCUGAGGACCAAAACACCUUGAUGGAGGAGUCAGCAGAACAGGCUCAGAGGCGAGAUGAGGGGCUUCGCCUGUACCAAGCCCUAAAAGAAGCACUGGCAAUCAUUGGAGAUAUUAGCACUAGCACUGUAUCUAUCCCUGCCCCACCUCCAGUUGAUGAUUCCUGGCUACAGCAAUCCCGCAGAUCACCCCCUCCAAGUCCUUCAACUCAAAGAAGGCCUACAUUAAAUAAUCCCCCAACCAGACCUUUAUCUGGCCGAGGACCUGCUCCAGCAGUCCCAUCACCAGGCCCUCUGUCUGGGGCUCCACCGGUCCCAUUCCGUCCAGGACCAUUACCUCCAUUUCCUAACAACAGUGAAGGCCUUGGGACGCCACCUCAGGUUCCAUCUCGGCCAACGCGGGCUCCUCCCAGUGUUCCAAGCCGAAGACCACCCCCUUCACCCACUCGGCCCACUGUAAUUCGUCCGUUAGACUCGUCCCUGUUAGAUUAAGUGAAGUUUCUGGCAUGUCAUUAAUUGCUAACCAAAUAUAUGGAAGCAACUCGCUUGAUAACUGUUGCAAUAACCAAUGUAUAGUCGCAUGUAUGGACAUCUGUAGGCAAGUAACCAAUUUUACUAAUAUACUCUGUCCAUUCUGUAUUGCUUAUGGGGUCUGAAAUGUCAUGGGAAGGUAUGUGAUGCCUUGACUUUCCCUCUUGCAAAAAGCUGAUUUCUUAGCUAGUGUACUGACAUAUAUAUAUUAAUGCAAGCACUUGAGUGUUCCCGUUCUAUACAUUCAAACGGGGGCUUGCUGUACUGUGUGUUUGUGUUGACCAAGUGCUUAGAGUUUGCCUCUUUUCCAUUUCAAAGGGACAUCUUGUUUUUAUAAGUAGCUUCCAGGUUUCUGCAUCAAAUUGUUUAAAGAAAGGCUUUCUAUAAUUUGGAUUAUAGUUAUACACAUUUCCUUCCUUAAAUGCCAACUGGGCUGAGAGAAACAAUGUUGUCUGUAAUUAAAAGCUCCUGCACGCCCCAUAAUUACACAUGUCCUCAUGUCUCUUUCACAAGCCUGCUGGAUGGUUACUUUCACUAUAAUUUCUCAACAUCAGAAGCUUUUAGUUUAUGAAGAAUGUUGCUAAGGAAAAUAAGGCCAUAUAUGGUGUGAUGAGCUCCACUCUUUGUGUCCCUCUUUACAGGCCAAGGGGGGAGUCAGUCUUCUUUUUCAGUAACUGGUAAGAGCCAGAUUCUGACCCUCUUGCUCACAUUGGGUAGUAUUUCCUCACAUGAGCAUUCCCACCGAACUCGAUGGGAGCAUGUGUGUAAACAUAACACACCAUGAGUAAGGGUAUCAGAGUCUGGACUAAGUGGGUGGUAUAUUUGUCAUUUCAGUGUGAGAAACUGGAACAGAUUUAAUAUGUGAAUGUCUAACUGAACCACCAAUUCCUUACCCACUAUUUGAAUGAUAUUUUGACCCAAGUCACAAAGUUCAGAUCUGAAUUUGGAUCUGAGCUUUCUUGGUAGUGAGUGCUGUUUGAAUUGAGGAUUUUGGUUGAAGCUGAUCUCUCUUUUCAACCAUUAUUAAAACCCUGAGACAAAGUUACACUGUGUGAAGAUUUUGCAUUUUCAUUCACUGAAAUCCCCUGUGGCUUGGUACGAUAGUCCCUUUAUCCAACUAAAACAAGUGAGAAGUGAUCAACUAUAUAGCCCGGCGAUGCGUUAUUUUAACAGCUGUUCAUUUUCAAGGGUCCUAUUGUUUGUUAUUUACAAAAAGCUUUAUCUUAACUAGUUAACUUGCCAUUUUAAAUAGAUCAGAAAAUUUCCCUCCCUAGUGUAGAACAAAUGAAGUGGACAGAAUUAAACUAAUUUGACCUGAUGUCUUCAGAAAGUAUUUGCUGUUAUUUUAUUACAGUUAGAGUUCCUAAGGGAAGGCAGUUGGUGGUUAUGAAGGCCAUCACUAUAAUGAAUCAAUCUAAUAAAUUCAUGUAUUGAAGCUGUAUGUGGUGCUACAAUACACAGUAUCUCAGUGGUUGGGAGGGAUCCUGUCAGAACCACAACCAGUGGGAAUUUUGUCUGUUAAAUAUUCCCAGACUGCUGAUUAAAUAAUAGCUGUGUCCACCACUGAAGCAAAUUGUGUUUCUGCUACAUAAGAGAGUUUAACUUGGGAAAGCAGCAUGAUUUGUAUAUUAGUUUAAUUUUCUGUCAAACUUAUACUCAGAACACGCACCUGUAGAGUCUAGAGGUCAGUGUUUUAAACACUGCAAAGAUGGACUUUGGCACCUUGGUGAUCUUAGUGAAUUGCUAAAAUGGCCAAUGUUAAUUUGAAGAACAUGCUAAAAUACUGAACAAAAACUUAUAAAAUCAUCUUUAAAGUAAAAAGAAAUUGCACCUUCUAAAUUCAGUUGUGCUGUUUUGAACUACAGGAAAGUAAAAAAUUACAUUUCAAUGAUGUUUCUAUGUUCUCCGCUCUUCAGUAUUCUCUAAUUUAAUAUGUAACAUUAUUAUUAGAGGUAUUUAUAUGGCACUAUACUAGUAGGUGUAUGCUUUUCAGGCAAAACUUCUAUAUUUAUUAUUUCCAAGUUUUAAUUUGCAACCAACUUCUAUUAUAAAGUCCUAUUUUAGCACCCUUUUAACUUUGACUUUUGGAAACUAAUUUGGCAAAAAAAAAUUGCAAUUUUUUUUCAAAAAGCACAGGAGAAAGUAUCUAGUUAAAUCUGCUUGAGACAGUGACAUUUUAAAGAAAAUAGACUGAAGUUAAGCCAAGUUAUUAAUAAUUUUUGUUGUGGAUAAAUCUUAAACUGCCCACACAUUGCCUGAUUCUGAGUUCAUGUAUGCUGUUGUAAAUCUAGAGUAACUCCACUUGAGUUACAGCAGAGUAAAUUCUGCAUAAUGGAGAUAAAAAUCAGGGCCCAUAACAUAUUGGGCGUAAUUCUCAACUGCCCUGCAUUUUUGUAGCCAUUAACUUCGGUGCAAAGUGGGUAUAAAGAAAUCAGAAUGGGAUAGCAUCUGAGACACAGUUGGCACUGAAGUGAAUGGCUACAAAAGGUGAAGAGAAUUGGGCUCAUUUUUAAUCGGUCACUAAGAAAUGCAUAUUUCAUCACAGUGCAGCAACCUUAAAUCUGACCCAAAAUAAAGAGCAUUCUUUCAUCAGUAAUCUCAAAAUAUAAACAAUACAAAACUCUUCUGGAAGGAAGCACAGCAUUUAUAUAUGUGGGCAUUAAUCAGCCUCAAGUGCAAAUCCACAUACUCUGAUAAUUUUACCUUAAGUUGAUAGUUAUGCAUUUUUCAGAGUAAACUAUGUUUCUCAGGAAAAAGCAAUUCUAAAUACUUUACAAAAAAGUCUACCGCCAGCUGAUAUAGAUUCAUCUUAUAAUCAUAGUUCAUGUUUGUCAGCAUGGCAGUCUGUGGAACUGGACUCUUCAUUCCUACUCACCCUGAUU